GUAGGCAAAGAAAGCUAGGGAAGAAGAAAAACGACAAGAUGUCAGACCUGAAGCUACCAAAUCGAAGCUUAGCUGCUGUUAUAACUGAGGCAGGCAUCUACCUUACACUGAACAUCACAAGCAUCAUUGGAAACGGUCUGGUUUGUAUUGCAGUAUACAGAAACCCAAAGUUACGAUCGACUACCAACCUGUAUAUCAUUGCUCUAGCAGUCAGCGAUUUGCUGUGCGCAACAACUGAAAUGCCUUUAGCUUCUUCAACGCUUGUUAUUGGAAGAUGGGACUUUGGCGACGUCGUAUGCGAAAUUCAAGGCUUUGUUGAUGUUUUCACCACAUACGCGACCCCAGCAACCCUUGGUUUGACAGCAGUCAACCGCUAUGUGAAAAUUGUGAAGACGGCGAAACAUAAGAAAUAUUUUUCGCCCCUCAGAUCCAAAAUUUGGUUGUUUUGCGUUUGGACUUUUCUUGUGCUUUACCUUUUGACUGGUCGAGCGACAAAUUUUCUCAGUUUUGAAUUCGUACCUGGCUUUGACGUGUGCGCCCUUGGUUUCGCAAAUCAGAGGGUUCGAGUCGUUCAUUUUUGCAUAACAUUCGCAUUGUUUUUCAUUGUACGGCUAUGCAGUGGUAUAUUCAGCUACUACAAGGUAUUAUCCACUACCCAUCAACAUCAAUUGAACACAGCCCCAUCGCUCGGUGACAGGACUAAUUGUGGAGGAAGGAGUUCAUUGAAGGAGAUACACGCUACUCGAGUCUUGUUGUACGUGGCCGCUGGAUUUUUGUGUUGCUGGAUACCAAUGUGGGCAUUCAUCCUUUGGAAGCGUUUCUCUCCAGAAACCUGUCCUAGAAGAGCAGCAAUUCUCGUCACGUUUUUCCUUUUUCUGAGCGCUACAAUAAAUCCUUUUAUUUACGCUUUCACAAAUUGUGGGUUCCAAACCGAAUUUCGCAAACUUCUGUGCUGUGGUCACACAUCAAAAGAAGUUGUCGCGGCUAAUGUCAACGAAGCGAUCGGAGAGGUGGAGGACGAAGCGAAUGUGUAAUACUUAAACAGACGGCAAGACCAUUGAUUUUUCAUUUGUAUUGUAAAUAAGCUUCAGUUUGAGUUCAAUCCUUUUUUCCCUUUUUCCUAAGGAUAACCACCUUUUCGCCAUAGUU